AAACACUUGGUUAAAUCAAACUCCGCGGCUGCCAGCAUGAGCGGUCGCCGCCUCCACCGUGUUCAGCACAAAACCCGAACUGAAUCUCUCCGAAGAAGAGAAUGAACAACAGGAUGCGCGUGACAUUUACCGUGGCUACAGUAGCCAUCGCAGCUACUAUCAUAUCCGUUUUCUUGGCCGCGCGAAGGCGCAAGAAGCACGACUCCUCUAGUUCGUGCUAUUUGCAUUCCGAACAGAAACCACAGAGUGCAUUCAAGCGCGUAUUAUCGGACAAUUCUUACACUCAGUUCAAGCAUCUCAACAACGACGAGAAUGCUUCGAAUUCGCAUCCGUUUGAGGCGGAGAUUACAGCAUUGUUGAAAACUCCUCCGCCUGAAAUUGAAUUUGGAACUGUAGACUUAGAAAUGAAAGAUUCAUAUGUUUGGGUUCACACCGAGACGCAGUUAAAGGAAUUAGUUGAUGCGUUGAGUGAAGAGAGGUUUUUUGCUGUGGAUACAGAGCAACAUAGCUUACGAUCUUUUCUAGGCUUUACAGCAUUAGUUCAGAUUUCUACAGUGGAGAAAGAUUAUUUGGUUGACACAAUAGCCUUGCAUGAUUUUAUGGGCAUUCUUCGCCCUGUUUUCGCCAAUCCUUCAAUUUGUAAAGUGUUCCAUGGGGCUGACAAUGAUAUAGUCUGGUUACAGAGGGACUUCCACAUAUACGUUGUUAACCUCUUUGAUACUUCAAAGGCAUGUGAGCUGCUGUCAAAACCACAGAAAUCACUUGCUUAUUUGCUUGAAACUUACUGUGGUGUGACAACAAAUAAAUUACUACAGCGUGAAGAUUGGAGACAGCGCCCUCUCUCAGCAGAAAUGGUACAUUAUGCCCGAACAGAUGCACACUUUCUGUUGUAUAUUGCGAAUUGUCUGAUCAAUGAACUCAAACAACUGGACAACGAAAACUCUUGUUCCAGUGGCAAAUUCCAUUUUGUUCUUGAGGCUAGUCGGCGUUCAAACAUGAUAUGUUUACAACUUUUCACAAAGGAGAUUGAAGCAUAUCCUGGGGAAUCUUCUGCAUUAUCAUUAUUUUCACGUCAAGUGUGUAGUCAUGGUUCUACGUCUAUAUCAAAUGAAACCCAGAAUAUUGUGAGGCAACUAUGCGCAUGGAGAGAUCUGAUGGCUCGUAUUCAUGAUGAGAGCUUAAAAUAUGUACUCUCAGACCAGGCAAUUGUUGCUUUGGCAAGUCAGCCUUCAGCUAGUCACUCUGAAAUACACAAGAUCAUAGCCCAGGCUGACAUCAAUAUGGAAAUGGGUGUGAACUCUUUCAUCAUUUCCUCGUCUCCUGUUGUUUGCAGUCACCUCAGUGAUAUCUAUCAUAUGCUUGCAAACAAGUUGGUUAAUGAUGAUGAUGAUAUUUAUUCAGUGAUUCUUCAGAAGUGUAUAGGUCAAAAUGGGAGUUGUCCACUUUCAAUAUUUAAUUAUGCUUUGUUGAUAAACAGUAAUCUAAGACCUAAUUUAGCCCAUAAACAACUGGGCCUAAAGAGUUCUAAACAAUAUUCUCGGAAGGCUUCUCGAGAUUUGUUUGUUCAAAAGUUCUCUUGUAAAUCUCCUGUUUAUCACAAUUGCCGGAUAUUUGCUAAUGAUGGGAGGCUACUUUGUUAUUGUGACGAGAAGAAGCUUAAAUGGUAUCUUAGUCGGGAUCUUGCAAAACUUGUUGACGAGGAUCCCCCAGCUAUAAUGCUUCUUUUUGAACCCAAAGGUCGUCCAGAGGAUGAAGACAAUGACUUUUAUAUCCAGAGCAAGAAAAAUAUAUGUGUUGGAUGUGGUGAAGGAAAUCACUAUUUACGAUAUCGAAUCAUCCCAUCAUGUUACAGAAUACAUUUCCCUGAGCAUUUGAAAAGCCAUCGUUCUCAUGAUAUUGUCCUACUUUGUGUGGAUUGUCAUGAGGUUGCACAUGCCGCAGCAGAAAAGUACAAGAGAAAAAUAGCUGCUGAAUUUGGGAUUCCUCUCUACCUUCGGAGGGUAGUUCAUCCAGGUCAAAAGACUGAAAAACAAAUUGAAGAGGGUGGUGUAUCUCCAUUACAGUUACGAACAGCUGCUAUGGCUCUUUUACGCCAUGGACCAAGAAUGCCUCUCAAUCGCCGAGAAGAACUUACUGAGAUUAUAAAGAGAUAUUAUGGAGGAAGGGACAUAUCUGACGAAGAUCUAGAAAGAGCUUUGCAAAUUGGCAUGACGCCUCAUGAGAGAAGACGAUUUGAGAAGAAGAGAGGGUUUUCUUUUAAACAUUCUACAGGGAGUACUGCUACAGUGCCAGAACAGAAUAAUCAUAUUGGUUGCUCACCCAGAAUGAGUAAUGUGGAUGACUUAAAAACUGAGGCUCAUGAUGGCUCAUAUGCAAAUGAAGUAGAUACGGAGCUCUUUAUGAGAAAAGAUGAUUUUAGAAACUCCACUUCAGCUUCUGAUGUUACAGUUAACGGACCUGACUCUACAGCUUUCAAUGAAGAUGAGAUUACAGUUGCAACUGCAUAUUGCAAUGAGGGCUGUGACUCUGCUGCUGUAAAUGUUGAUAACAGCUGUCUGAACAGAGCACAAACAAAUGGACUUGGUGACUUGUCUUGUUCUCCCAAUGAUGAAAAAUCUAUACAUACCGAACAUAAUUCAAAACUCUCUCUCUUGGGACAUGGACCUCAUGGGAAACAAGUUGUAGAACAUUUACUGAGGGAGUAUGGUGAAGAUGGCAUUCGAGAGUUUUGUCAAAGAUGGAGACAAGUAUUUGUGGACGCUGUAAAACCACGUUUUCUUCCUGGUGGUUGGGAUGUAAAACACAGGCUUUGAUUUUGGACACUAUUUUUGCCAGUGGAAGAAGGGACUUCGGAGAGUUCAGUGUGUACAAACCAGACAAGAGAGCAGCUUCAGCCACUGCAGAGUAAUUACAGUAAGCUGAAUGUUUUUGGUACUUCAAUGCCGUCAAAAGCUAUCUGAUAGACGUUAAUUUCAUUUUUUGUUGAUUUCACUAUUUGAUAACUCCGAGUACUUUCGCCUUUUUGUGUUGUAACGAUAGCACAAAUAACUUUCAAGGACAUUUUUGCCAUGCUAUAAUUA